AUGUCUUUGACAGCAUGCAGUCCCUCAGAAAUUGCCCAAGCUGCCUCAGCCGUGUCAAGGCAGUUGGCAGCACUCCCAGUCGCGUCUCGCAAUGAUGCGUUGACGGCAAUCCACUCCGCGCUCCGUCAGCAUAAAGAUGUUGUUUUAGAGGCCAACGCGCGGGAUGUUGAGACGGCUGCAGAAGCUGUCAACAAUGGCCAAUUGAGCCAAAGCAUUCUCAAGCGCCUUGAUCUCAGCCGCCCCGGGAAAUACGAUGAAAUGCUACAGGGAAUCCUUGACGUUCGCGGCCUGACAGACCCACUGGGCAAGAUCUCGUUGCGAACUUUACUCGAUGAAGGAUUGGUUCUUGAAAGAGUCAGCUGUCCCAUUGGAGUUUUAUUGAUCAUUUUCGAAGCUCGUCCGGAGGUUAUUGCCAAUAUCUCCGCGCUCUCGAUAAAGUCGGGAAAUGCGGCAAUCCUCAAAGAUUUUCCCAACGCAGCGAUUCAGCUUGUCGAAUCCAGAGACGUCAUCCUUCCGCUUCUAGCUCAAGACAAAUAUAUUGACCUGGUGGUCCCCAGAGGAUCCAAUGAACUGGUGAGGUUUAUAAAAGCCAACACCAAAAUUCCAGUUCUCGGGCAUGCUGAUGGGCUCUGCUCAAUAUAUCUUCACUCUGAUGCAGACGGAGAGAUGGCGAAGAAAGUCAUACUUGAUGCAAAAAUAAACUACCCUGCAGCAUGCAAUGCGGUAGAGACACUCCUAGUUGAUCAAAGUGUAUUGUCCACGCUACUUCCCCCGAUCGCGGAAGCACUUCUCGAGCACGGCGUUUCGUUGCGCUGCGAUUCCGAAUCCAAAGCUGCCCUGAUGGCAGCGUUAUCACCCAAUCAAGCCACGCUAUUACAGGAUGCCACAGAAUCGGAUUAUGAUACAGAAUUUCUUGACUUGAUCUUAGCUGUUAAAACGAUAUCCGCUACGCCAUCCUCGUCCAGCCUUGAUAUAGCGAUGUCUCAUAUUAAUGCGCACUCUUCGAAGCACACCGACGUUAUCCUGACUUCUUCCAGAGAAGCAGCAGAAAGAUUUUUGGUUGGUGUUGAUAGCGCGGGGGUAUACUGGAACACCAGUUCUAGGCUUGCCGACGGGAUGAGAUACGGGUUUGGCACGGAGGUCGGUAUUAGCACGAACAAAAUACAUUCACGGGGACCAGUGGGUUUGGAAGGGUUAACAAUAUACAAGUAUUUGAUUAGGGGUAGUGGCCAAACUGCAGGAGAGUUCCAAGGUGCGGACGGGAAGCAAUUCAAGCACGAAGAGCUUCCGAUUAGCGAUAAGUAA